CCAAAAACCUCACGCGCUCCUCUCCCCUCCCCUCGCCGGCGAGAGGGGGAUUCACACAACCCCACGCCUGUAGCCUAUAACUACCCCUGGGAUCGAACCUCGUGGGGAGCGCCCGCCGGGAUCUAGCUACCUCUCGCCAGUCUCCUCCGUCUUCGCCGCUCUUCAGGCGACCGCGCCGAGGCGAGGAUAUAGCUGCCUGCUAUCAUGGCAGCCACCACAGGACCGUCAGGAUGGCUAAGGGGUAAGGUGAAAGCUGUGACUUCUGGGGACUGCCUUCUCAUCAUGGGGAGUACAAAGGCGGAGAUCCCGCCAGAGAAAUCCAUCACUCUGUCAUACCUUAUGGCCCCAAGACUGGCUCGUCGUAACGGGGUGGAUGAGCCAUUUGCCUGGGAAAGUAGGGAGUUUCUGAGGAAGCUAUGCAUAGGAAAGGAGGUCACAUUUAGAGUGGAUUACACAGCUCCGAAUAUCGGACGGGAAUUUGGUACUGUUUUCCUUGGCGACAAGAAUGUCGCUUACUCGGUAGUUGCUGCAGGAUGGGCAAGGGUAAAGGAGCAAGGGCCAAAAGGGGGUGAACAAAGCCCAUACCUCGCUGAGCUGCAAAGGUUGGAGGAAGUUGCAAAGCAACAAGAUUUGGGCCGUUGGAGCAAGGAGCCCGGUGCCGCUGAAGAAUCGAUAAGAGAUCUCCCACCAUCAGCAAUUGGUGAGUCAAGUGGUUUCGAUGCAAAAGGUUUCGCGGUUGCAAAUAAAGGCAACAGCCUAGAAGCCAUUGUUGAGCAAGUUCGUGAUGGCAGUACUGUUCGUGUUUACUUGCUCCCAAGUUUCCAAUUUGUCCAGAUAUAUGUUGCUGGAGUACAGGCUCCGUCCAUGGGUAGACGCCCACCUAAUCCUGCCGUUGUUACCGAAGUCGAGGGAACUGCUGAUGGCACUACAAAUGGUGAUGAUUCUGGGGAAACUCCUGCACCACUGACUACAGCACAAAGGCUUGCCGCAUCAGCAGUCUCUACUGAGAUUCCAGCAGAUAGGUUUGGAAGAGAAGCUAAGCACUUCACAGAGACUCGAGUUCUGAAUAGAGAUGUGCGGAUUGUGGUGGAGGGCACAGACAGUUUUAAUAAUAUAAUUGGUUCGGUGUAUUACCCUGAUGGUGACACUGCGAAGGACUUGUCACUCGAGCUUGUUGAAAACGGCCUUGCCAAAUAUGUUGAGUGGAGUGCAAACAUGCUAGAUGUCGAAAUCAAAGUAAAACUGAAGAACGCUGAACUUCAGGCAAAAAAGGAACAGCUGCGAAUUUGGACUGGAUUUAAGCCCCCAGUGACUAACUCAAAGCCAAUCCAUGACCAGAAAUUUACUGGAAAGGUGGUAGAAGUUGUCAGUGGGGAUUGCAUUAUUGUUGCUGAUGAUGCUGCUCCAUAUGGCAGUCCUUCAGCUGAACGACGAAUUAAUCUUUCAAGUAUUAGAGCUCCUAAGCUAGGCAAUCCUCGUAGAGAGGACAACAAGCCUGAAACUUUUGCUCGUGAAUCUAAGGAGUUUUUGCGCACACGGUUGAUUGGAAAACAAGUAACAGUGGAAAUGGAAUAUUCUAGAAGGAUCAGCACUGUGGAUGGACAGAAUGCUAUGCCAGCAACGAACAUGGCUGAUACGAAAGUUCUGGAUUAUGGUUCAGUUUUUCUAGGUUCACCAGUGCAGGCUGGCGGAGAUGACAUUCCGAGCACAGGCGACCAGCCUAGAGUUAAUGUUGCUGAGCUUUUACUCUCACGGGGCUUUGCUGAGAUAUCCAAACACCGUGACUAUGAGGAAAGAUCACAUUAUUUUGAUGCUCUAUUAGCAGCUCACUCACGAGCUGAGAAAUCAAAGAAAGGACUUCAUUCAGCCAAACUUUCUCCUGUGAUGCAUAUAACAGAUUUAACAACGGUUUCUGCAAAGAAGGCUAAAGACUUCCUUCCCUUCCUACAACGGAACAGAAGGCAGGCUGCUAUAGUUGAAUAUGUUUUCAGUGGCCACCGUUUCAAACUGACAAUUCCAAAGGAGACUUGCAGCAUCGCCUUUUCAUUGUCUGGUGUUAGGUGCCCUGGUAGAGAUGAGCCUUACUCGAGCGAAGCUAUUGCUUUGAUGAGGAGGAUCAUUUUACAACGUGAUGUGGAGAUUGAGGUUGAAACAGUGGAUAGAAAUGGAACGUUCUUAGGUUCCUUGUGGGAGUCCAAGACCAACAUAUCAUCUGUUCUUUUGGAGGCUGGCCUGGCCAAGCUUAGUUCAUUUGGCUUGGAUCGGAUUGCAGAUGCUCACAUCCUCACAAAAGCUGAACAGUCUGCAAAGAAGAAAAAACUUAAGAUAUGGGAGAACUACGUAGAGGGCGAAGAAGUUACUAACGGAUCAGCCUCAGAAUCCAAACAAAAGGAAAUUCUCAAGGUUGUUGUUACGGAAGUUCUUGGUGGUGGAAAGUUCUAUGCCCAGACAAUAGGUGACCAGAGAGUGUCAUCCAUUCAACAGCAACUUGCAUCAUUGACACUUAAAGAGGCACCGGUCAUUGGUGCUUUUAAUCCUGUGAAGGGAGAGAUAGUCCUUGCUCAGUUUAGCCUCGACAACUCCUGGAAUAGAGCAAUGAUUGUUAGUGGACCUCGAGGAGGUGUAGUAUCUGUGGACGAUAAGUUUGAAGUAUUCUACAUCGAUUAUGGUAACCAAGAAGUGGUUCCUUACAGUCGCAUACGCCCAGCAAGCCCAUCUGUUUCUUCCUCUCCUGCUCUUGCUCAGCUGUGCAGUCUUGCCUACAUAAAAGUACCUGGUCUGGAAGAUGAUUAUGGUCAGGAAGCAGCCGAGUAUCUUAGUGAAUGCCUGCUCGGCAAUUCAAAACAAUACCGGGCAAUGAUUGAAGAACGUGAUACUACUGGGGGAAAAUCAAAGGGACAAGGGACUGGAACUGUUUUCAUUGUGACUCUGGUCGAUGCAGAGACAGAAUCCAGCAUCAAUGCUGCCAUGCUCGAGGAAGGGCUUGCUCGGCUUGAAAGAAGCAAGAGAUGGGACACCAAUGAGAGGAAGACAGCUCUCCAGAAUCUAGAACAGUUCCAGGAGAAAGCAAAGAAGGAAAGGCUACGGCUUUGGCAGUAUGGAGAUGUUGAAUCGGACGAGGAGGAGCCGGCUCCAGGUGCAAGAAAAACUGGAGGACGUCGGUAAAUGGGAGAGAAGAUUGCUCAAGACAGUAUGCUGACUAUGGUCAUGGUUUACCUAUGAAGUUUUGGAUACCCAGCAAACUCAGUCGGGAGCUAUAUAAACAACCAGUGAGAGGACUACAUUAAUGCAGUUAGAACAGAACUCACCAAAGCGAAACUUUCUCAGUUUGAGCAGUCCUUUGCCGAGUUAUUCAGUUUUACAUCUUUAAAGUCGAGAGUUAAAAUACAUUGUUUUUCCCUAAGCUUAAUAAGGCUGUUUCCUUGUGCACUAUAUUUCGUUGUUAUCAGGACAUAGAAUAUUGAGAAUUGCAGUAAAAUUAAAUUCAGGAUUGGACUUCAAUAUACAAAUAGAGUAACAUGUUACUUGUUUC